AUGGCUGAGCUGUUUGGUCUUGAAGAUGCAGCAAAGAAAGCUGAGAUAUCUGGCUUAAUUCUUUUUCUUGUUUCUUCAGUGAUCAGUUCUGCUAAUGCAUCUUCCACCGUGGAUAGAGGAUCGAAUGUCUUGUUCAAGUUUGUAACGUUGAGCAAAAUUGAUUUGUGUGUACCUUUUGGAAAGAAAGUCUCAUGCUUCUUUUACGACUUCAAAGUUGGCUCAUUUUUGUCUGUUUUCUGUGAAAUAGUUUUUGCAGGACACUUUUCUGCACCAUCUAUCCGAGUGGUGAAAACUCGUGAUGGAACACUUCAAACUAUUGAUGAUACAGUGCAAACUCGUGCUGAGGAGGAGAAAGAUUAUGUUAUUCCGGUUCUUCCGUCAGAUAUGAUUCAGAAUCUCAAGGGUUUGCUAGAUUCUGAAAUUGGUUUUGAUGUUACUUUUCACGUUGGAAAUGAAUUCUUCGGAUCCCAUAAGUUGAUUCUUGCAGGUGGAUCUCCAGUAUUUAAAGCUCAGUUUUUUGGAUUAGUGGGUAAUACAAACAUGGAAACAAUUUCUAUUGAAGAGUUUGAACCCUUUGCUUUUAAGGUCAUGUUGCUAUUUCUAUACUCAGAUGAACUUCCAGAAUCACAUGAACUUUCUGUUUCAGACUCUCCUUGCACUUCAACAACAAUCUUGCAACAUCUGCUAGUUGCAGCAGAUCGCUUUGAUCUUCCACGAUUGAGACUCAUGUGUGAGGCUAAAUUAUCUAAACCUGAAAAUUUGGGAGGGGUUAUGAAGUCGGAAGGGUAUGCAUAUUUGGAGAAGUGGUAUCCCUCAUUAUUGACAGAUCUGUUGGAGACUGGUGUACUGGUUGAUAAAAAAUGA